AGGAACCAUGGCUACCACCAGACUGAGGAAUGACGCGUACAAUGACUACAGCUCCACAGACUCUAGCCCCACCGAGGAAAUUUCAGCAAUCAACAACUUUCCCUCUAGAUCUGGACAGUAUGAACGUAUUGGAGAGCACAGUAGCAGCAGCACAACAUGGUUCCAGACAUUGAUACAUUUACUAAAAGGGAACAUUGGCACAGGAUUGCUUGGGCUGCCACUGGCUGUGAAGAACGCCGGGAUUGUGCUGGGUCCUCUGAGUCUGGUGGUUAUGGGCAUAAUUGCUGUACACUGCAUGGACCUUCUGGUAAAGUGUGCAAAUCACAUCUGUCAGAGGAAUCAGCGCCCAUUUGUGGAUUAUGGAGAUGCUGUGAUGUGUGGGAUGGAAUACGCACCCAGCCAUUGGUUAAGAACAAACGCCAUUUGGGGAAGGAGAAUGGUUGGCUUCUUCCUUAUUCUGACACAGUUGGGAUUCUGCUGUGUUUACUUUGUGUUCCUGGCUGACAAUGUUAAACAGGUGGUAGAAGCUGCUAAUGCCACUACAAAUGACUGCAGUUCAAAUGUGACAGUGAUACUGAUGGAGAGUAUGGACUCCAGACUUUACAUCUUGUCCUUCCUGCCAUUCCUCAUACUUUUAGUCUUCAUCAAGAACCUGCGCUAUUUGUCUGUCUUCUCGCUGCUUGCAAACGUGGCCAUGUUGGGAAGUGUCGUCAUGAUCUACCAAUAUAUUGGAAGGGAUAUUCCAGACCCCUCUCAUCUUUCCUACGCUGCCAGCUGGAAAACCUACCCCCUCUUCUUCGGAACUGCUAUCUUUGCCUUUGAGGGCAUUGGAGUGAUCCUACCUUUGGAGAAUAAGAUGAAGAUCCCCCAUCAAUUUCCUAUUGUGUUGUAUGUUGGAAUGGCUAUUGUCACAGUUCUUUACAUCAGCAUGGGCACCCUUGGGUACUUGCGCUUUGGCUCCAUGAUACAGGCCAGCAUAACUCUGAAUUUACCAAAUUGCUGGCUAUACCAAUCUGUAAAACUGCUGUAUUGCUUUGGGAUCUUUAUCACAUUUGCGUUACAGUUCUACGUUGCUGCAGAAAUUAUAGUCCCUACUGCCACUUUGAGGGUUUCUGACCGCUGGGCGCUAUUGGUGGACCUGAGUGUGAGGGCUGCUUUGGUUUGUAUAACAUGUGUCCUGGCCAUCCUCAUCCCUCGUUUGGACAUUGUCAUCUCAUUGGUGGGAUCUGUAAGUAGCAGUGCUCUGGCUCUGAUAAUCCCACCUCUUCUAGAGAUUGUCACAUAUUACUCAGAAGGUCUCAGCCGCUGGAUCAUAGCCAAAGACGUUUUCAUCAGCCUGGUGGGCUUCCUGGGUUUUGUGUUUGGAACCUACGUGACCUUGUGGGAGCUGAUAGCACCAGAAUCUCAUCCAGGUCAUAUUAACUCCACUCUGUAUGUGGUUCAGUAA